GGAAAAAUAACGUUGCUUCCCUCUGUAGUAAAGAUCGGUUGCCAUGCUUAAACAAAUCAACCAGUAGGGUCCCGCGCGAGGGAUGUUGGGUUAGAAAUUAAAUCAGCAAUGCAGAGCAAAGCACAUCAGCUGUAGAGAAGACACAUCUGGGCUUUUUAUUAAGAAACGAAAUGUGUCAAAGAAUAUCACACUGUUUUUACAUACUGAUUCGUAUUCGCUACGCUUAUAAAACGACGCUGUCAGUUGAAACGGCAGGUUGUGAAUCGGUUCUACUGUAAUAAACAGUAAUAUGAUCGUUUUGAUGUUUGUUUACAUUACGUCUGAUUGCACUGUUGUAUUCUGUGGUAUUCUGUAUUCUUUACUCUAUGACGUCACCGUGAAUGCAGCGCUUCGAUUGACUAUAAUAUCUCAUAUCUCUCAAGUCAUUAUGGGUCCAUUUAUUUCGUUGUUGUUGCUGGUGUGCAACUUUUAAUAGACAUGAAUGAAUACUUUUCUCAAUGUUGGUGACAGAUUAUUAUAUGUGUUCUGGUUUUCAUUGAGGAAACUGCCUCGCAUCUGAUGAGGCCAUAUUAGCGCAACAGGACCGUAUUCAGCAUGAGAUAGCCACCACUAACCCUUUAGUGUCAGGCAGACAAGAUCUCUCUGUGCUUAAGGGGGAAUAUGCUGCAGAGGACACCAUCUACCAACUCAAGAUAAAGUUAAGAACGAGUUAUUCAAAAGGAUUCAUAUGUGUAGAGUAACAAGAUGUCAAGAAGAUGACCCUGUGGGGAGUUCAUUGUAUUGGAUGAAGUUCUGUGUUUCUCAGGAUGUGGUGCCCUUUUGAUGUGGACACCUUGGCACCAGCCUUACAGAUAUCACCCAGCACCCAAAAUAAUACCAAAACAGCCUCCAUCAAUUUCCAUAUUAAUUUAAAGGACCUUCAAAAGAAAUAUUCCCACAUUCGGAAAACACGGCCGGAUGGGAAUUGUUUCUACAGAGCCUUUGGCUUCGCGCAUUUGGAGUCAUUACUGGAAGACAGCAAAGAGCUGCAAAGGUUUAAAGCUGUGGCAGCUAAGAGCAAACUGGACCUUGUGAACCAGGGCUUUACCGAGUUCACUAUUGAGGACUUUCACAACACGUUUAUGGACUUAAUUGAUCUGUGUGAAAAGCAACAAUCGCUUGGCGAGCUGUUGAGCUCCUUCAAUGACCAGAGCGUGUCUGACUACAUAGUGGUUUACCUGAGGCUUCUCACCUCUGGAUACCUGCAGCGAGAACAUGGCUUCUUUCAACACUUCAUAGAGGGAGGUCGCUGUGUCAAAGAGUUUUGUCAGCAGGAGGUGGAGCCCAUGUCAAAAGAAAGUGACCACAUCCAUAUCAUUGCCUUAGCAAAGGCACUGAAUGUGCCCAUAUUAGUGGAAUACAUGGACAGAGGAGAAGGUGGAACAGUGAACCAUCAUAUCUUUCCUGAAGGAAGAGAGCCGCGCAUCUUCCUCCUGUACCGUCCUGGCCACUAUGACAUCCUGUAUAAGUGAUUCUCUUUUACUCUAUGGUUCCAUUGUAAAGAAACCAGCCCAGUUCAGCAAGAUUGAAUCAUACGUCUGUAUUCAAAGCUUUUGCUAGGAUUAAACAGUUCUCACUUCAGUUUCCCCACAAUUACAAAAAUACUUCUCAAUACAGAAUUAAAAGCUCUCGAUCGCAGAAAAUGAACACUGCGUCAAAUGAUAGCGUUAGGGUUGUACAGUAGGGUUUUCUUUGUAGAUGUAAAUGUUAUCGCCUCGCUUUUAUUGUUUUUCUUUUGUUAGACUUUCAUGAGUUUUAUUAAAGGGAUUUACUUUACACCUCACUUAAGGUCUGAUGUCAGUUUGUGUUGCCAGAAAUUCCUCAUCUUGUUUGACUGUAAACCACAUGUUACAAUGUGCACGUCAGUCAAUGUCAAAAGGUCCACGAGUUUUAUUUGUUAUUUAUAAACUAGUGCUUCAAAGACAAAACACCAUUAAACGACCAUUUUUGUCGUAACACAAACGGCGUUCGAUCUCGUUGAUCUCGUUCCUCAUUGCGGUUUUCUGUGCAAGUCACACGAGUUGGACAGGAUCCACCCAGCUGGACCAAGAACAGCAAAAAAGAUAAAGCCCAUCACAAAUACACUCUCCUAUAAAAACAAUGUAAAAGACGAUGCAUUAGUGUGACACUUUUCACAUUGUAAUUAACGUGACACGGAGGGAAAACGCGUUGAUUUAAAAUAACAGUUGUACACAUUUGUUUCAGGUAAACUUACCGCAACGCCGAUACUCCCUUGAGCGGUUUUUGUGGUGAUGUUUGAAGCAUGUCUAAACGCAUAUUGUUUAGGUAGAAGUCUCGCAAGCUGGACAAAAGCGAACAUCGUUUAUAAAUCACACGCGUAGUCACAAGAGAAUGGCCAAACACACACGCGCACGCUUACUUUAGAAUGUCACGUUUCCCGCCAAAUAGUUCUUUCAGGUGUUUGAUGACGUGCAGGCCAAUAGUAUCCAGCUGCAGGCCCGUAUCCACUCAUUUUAGGACACACAUUAACAGCAUGGCGGAGAUCACGGUGAUUUAUGUCCGGUUUUUAUUUAUUAGUUGUGAAAAAUCAAUGUAUAAGUUAUGUGUUAAUCGCAACUAUAAGCAGACACAUUGGAUAAAAGAAAUCGUUGUACUAUUAAUCGUUUUGUGUGUUUUAUUUCUGCUGACACUCGGCUCUCUUUUUAAAAAGGGUCUUGUCCAUCUUUAUAUUUAUUUAUUAUUUGUUUUUAUGUUUCUUUAUUUAAUACAUAACUCAUGUAUUUAUGGUUUGUGUGACAAAGUCACUUUGUCAGUUUAGACAAACAAAAUCUUAGCUUCGUAUACUGUGAUAGGAUGACUGAGACCAGUUUUUACUGCACCUGUGCAUUGUUGUUCUUUUGUUGCACAAAUUGCUUCUAUUGUUCUUCCCUAUUUUGUACGUCGCUUUGGAUAAAAGCGUGUGCUAAAUGAUUAAAUGUAAAUGUAGACUGUGAGUAUGUGUGUAUUUUUCAUUUCUUUUUUUUAUUCCAGGAAGACAUGGGGUAUAUUUUGUGUGAAACACGUGAUAAAAUGGGACUGAAAGUUAACUCUUCUUUUUAAGAGUCUUAAUUCCUAAGUGUUUAUUAUUUCGGUUGCAGUUAUGAAUAUACUAUAAAUCUAUUAAAAUGUAAAACAUA